AGUAGGAAAAAAAGACAUUUAAGAUCUAGUUAAACUCUUAACUAUUCAAAGUCUUAAUUUAUCAAAUUUAAUGAAGAAGAAAAACGUCCAAAUCCAGAACCCAUAUGAAUGAACAUGACUGAAAAUGCUUCCCCAGAAUAAGCGUUACACUGUUGCGACGCUAUUCUUUCUCGCAUUGUUCGUUCUCUUCUUCUUCUUCUACUCCUUCUUCUUCUUCUUCUUCAACAGAACCACUCUUCAACCUGCUCUCUCUUAUGCUUCAGAUCUCUAUAUUCAAGUCAAACCUUCUCCUAUCCUCUCUCCUCCUCCCCCUCCGCCACCGCAUCAACCACCACCUCCGCCGCCGCAAUUCUCCUCCACCACUUCCAGUUCCGGUGCCGGUGUCAGUGUCGCUGAUCACGAAUCUGUUGAUGUUACUGAUUCCGAGAAUGCUGAUGAUGCAGGUCUAGGAUUGAAGGGAUGCGAUUUGUACACGGGAACAUGGGUGGAGGAUGAAAAUUAUCCGAUAUAUGAAAUAGGUUCUUGCCCUUACGUCGAUGAGGCUUAUGAUUGCAAAAACAACGGAAGGAGUGAUACUCGUUAUACGCAAUGGCGGUGGAAACCUUAUGGUUGUGAUCUUCCAAGGUUUAGUGCCAAGGACUUUUUGGCAAGACUGAGAGGUAAAAACCUAAUGCUGGUAGGAGAUUCUAUGAACCGAAACCAAUUUGAGUCCAUUCUGUGCAUACUUCGUGAAGGCCUGCACAAUAAGAGCAGAAUGUAUGAGAUACAUGGUCAUAAAAUAACAAAAGGAAGAGGCUACUUUAUUUUCAAAUUUGAGGACUAUAAUUGUACAGUGUCAUUUGUGAGAUCUCAUUUCCUUGUGAGGGAGGGAGUUCGCUUGAAUGCACAAGGGAGUUCAAAUCCUACAUUAUCAAUAGAUCGAAUUGACAAGACAUCUAACCGUUGGAAGAGGGCUGACAUUCUCGUCUUCAACACCGGGCACUGGUGGGCUCAUGGAAAAACUGCUCGAGGAAUAAAUUAUUAUAAAGAAGGCGAUUAUCUAUAUCCAAAAUUUGAUCAAGUUGAGGCAUACAGAAAGGCUAUCAUGACGUGGGGAAAAUGGAUUGACAAUAAUAUCAAUCCAAAAACGCAGACUGUCUACUAUCGUGGAUAUUCUUCUGCUCAUUUCAGAGGUGGAGACUGGGACUCAGGUGGAUCAUGCAACGGUGAAACUGAACCGGUUUUGAAUGGGUCCAUCUUGAAUAACUAUCCAUUGAAAAUGAAGAUAGUGGAAGAAGUGAUUCAGAGAAUGAAGAUUCCAGUAAAGUUGUUAAAUGUCACAAGGCUGACUAAUUUCCGCAAGGAUGGCCACCCAUCUGUCUAUAGCAAGAGCUUAGUGGAUGGAAAGAAAGUCUCCACGAGGCGGCAAGACUGCAGUCAUUGGUGUCUUCCCGGGGUCCCUGAUGCAUGGAAUGAACUCAUUUACGCCACUUUGGUUUUACAGCAAACAAAUUCAAGGAAUUGACUCAGACACUUCUCUUUGAAAAAGUUUAUUUUCUGUGUGGGAGAAAAUAGAAGUAAAAAAGAGAAAAGGUGUAUUGAGGAUAGUGAAAAGUGUACCUUUAGUUCUAUACCUUGACAAUGACAAUUGUUCUAACAUGAAAGAAUCAACAGGUUUUUCAUUGAUGGUUGAAUUCACACGCCAUGAAGUCAGCAGAAUCAGGAUUCAUUUCAUCCAUUGGAUCAUGAUCUCUUUGUUUGCUUGAUGUGAAAAUCCUUUGGAUAAGCUUAUUCAUCAAGUUUCUCUUACAUGUUAGAAGAAUAUAGAUAAAUUAACCAGACUUUGGGGUGUAGGAUUGAACCUUAACAGAUUUUGAUGUUCUGUAACUUUUUUUAUAUCGAUGAUCAUGAAUUUACCGCUACAGAUACAUGUUCUCUUGUAUUGAACAAUGCUUAUGCAAAUGAUAUGACUGACCAUGAAGAUAUGCACAUGAUUAAGGUUAGUGACGUA